UUGGUCAGUGUUGAUGCAAAGGCAGCAUGAGACAGUGCUCCGCUCGGAUCAUGCAAGCAUGGGGAUAUUUGGAGGAAAAGACAGUUUGACAGCUCACUCAAAGAAACGAGACAUGUGCAACACUCUAACGCUCUCACUGCUGGUUGCACUGGCGCUGUGCACAGAGGUGUGCCAUUGUCAAGAUGCGGGGUCCCCGGUGGGAGCUGAAAACACAGUUGCAGGGCAGCAGAAUUUUAAUGACCUGGACUUCGCCAUCAUACUGGGAGAGUCCAGACUCCAGAUCCUGGCUGCUCAGUUUGAAUGCUACUUGAAAAUAAUCCACGAUCCACCGCGAACAGAACAAGACCCUUACUGUAACCGUACAUGGGACGGCUGGCUGUGCUGGGACGACUCAGCUCCAGGAACUGCCAUGCAGAUGUGUCCAACAUACUUUAUGGACUUUGACCCUUCCGAGAAGGUCACCAAAGUGUGUAAUCCCGAUGGUCAGUGGUUCUAUCACCCAGAGAGCAACAGAAUCUGGUCCAACUACACCAUGUGUUCAGCACACACUAACGACAAACUCAAGCUUGCCAUCAGUGUCUACUACAUGGCCAUGGUGGGUCACAGUCUUUCCAUUGUCUCCUUAGUCAUCAGUUUGAUCAUCUUCUCCUACUUCAAGAGUCUUAGCUGCCAGAGAAUCUCCCUCCAUAAGAACAUGUUUCUCUCCUUCAUCUUAAACUCAAUUGUUACUAUGAUAUGGCUCACGGUCAGUGUGGUCAAUAGCCACGCCAUAGAUGCCAGCAACCCUGUGAGCUGUAAGAUCCUGGCUGUGCUGACUCAGUAUACCUCUGUUUCCACCUACUUCUGGAUGCUGUGUGAAGGCAUCUACCUCCACACACUCAUCAUAGUGGCCGUCUUUGUCGGGGAACAGCAGCUGUUCUGGUACUACAUCCUGGGGUGGGGUUUUCCCAUCGUUCCUGCUAUCACAUACGCUGUGGCUCGUGGGCUUUUCCAUAAUGACCCGUGCUGGAUUAGCAUACACACUCAACUGCUCUACAUCAUACACGCCCCCAUUCAUGUUGCACUCAUUGUGAACUUUUUCUUUCUCCUGAAUAUCGUUCGGGUUCUGAUCACCAAGCUGAAGGAAACGCACUGCGCUGAGUCCACAGCGUACAUGAAAGCAGUGAGAGCCACGCUCAUCCUCAUCCCUCUGCUGGGAAUCCAGUAUAUCCUUAUCCCGUGGGUGCCGGAGGAACGCAUCAGCCGGGCCAUCCAUGAGUUCUUUCUUAACAUCUCUAUUCACUUCCAGGGGCUCCUGGUGGCAAUCAUUUUCUGCUUCUGCAAUGCUGAGGCCCAAACAGCAGUGCGGCGGAAGUGGUUUCAGUGCAAAGCCGCCUGGGGCAAAAACGGCUGGGGUGAAACGCCUCUCACCAACAACCACUUUAACUACCACAACAACUCUUCGAUCACCGAAACUAGCCGUGCCACCAUCAGCUUAGAGCUGCCUGCUGUCGUGCCUUCAGAAAAAAAGGACUCGCUGUCCAUGGCGCAGCCAAAUGCCAACGGACAGAAAAGCAAGGCAUCCAUCAACGGGGAGAUGAGCAUGUGCAACAUGCUGGAGACCACUGAGAUCUGACUGGAUAAGGUGAUGGUUUUUGUGCCAAACACACAUACACGCACAUACACACUGAAAAAAACAGAGGUUGAAUGUGAGUUUUCAAAAUAAAAGUUAGGCUGUGUAUGUAUGUACAUAAUGUCUGGAGAGCGAUGUAAAAGCAUGUAAUGUGUUGCUCACACAGGCACAUUUUUACAGCAGGGUUUUUUGGACUUUAAAGAAGUGAUGGAAACAACAAGCAUUCAUCAUUAUCAUUUAUCAUAUCCAGUAAUCAUAGCGUAACUUUGUGUUAUUUUUUUUGUAGUUUUCAUCCUGUCAUAUAUUUCAUGGCAGUACAGAGAAAGCAGCAAAUCCCAAAGCUAUAUCUUAGAUGAUGUUUGUUCAACAGGUUUUUGGUCAGUGGUGCAUUUCUGUUCGGCACUUUUGCCUCUCUACACUGCCAAACACGAUCUACAUCAAACCAAACAAUCAAGAUGUAAUUGAAGUGCAGACUUUCAGGUUCAGUUCAAGGGGUUUAACAAAAGUAUUGCAUUAAAUGUUUAGGAAUUCCAGCAAAUUUUAAUCACAUAGGUCCUCAUUUUCAGAGGCUCAAAAGUAAUUGUAUAAACCAACAUAAUUUUAAAUAGAAUUAUUGUUUUUGCUCCGCGACAGACUGGCGACCUGUCCUGGGUGCACCCUGUCUUUCGCCCUGUGGGAAAGGCUCUGUGACUGUGAAUUGAAUAAGUGGAAGAAAUCGGAUGGAUGGAUUAUUGCUUUUAAAAUCUGUAUGAAAAUCCUUUGCAGUCAAUGGCUGCCUUAAGCCUAAAACCUAUGUGGACAUCAUUAAAUGCUACAUUUCCUCUUUUGAGAUACUAUGCUAGGCCUUUAGUGCAGCUGCCUUCAGUUGCUGCUUGUUUCUGGGUCUUUCUUCCUUCAGUUUUGGAUUCAGUAACUUAAAGCAUGCGUUCUUAGGUUGAGAUCAGGUGACUGGCUUGGGCAUUAUGGAAGAUCCUCUUUUUUUUUUUUUUCCCUAAGAAACUCUUGGCUUGCUUUUGCAUUAUACAUUAUCCACUGGUUCUGUGAAGCACUGUCUAGUCAGCAUUUGGCAGAAACUGAGUAUAAAUAUCUGAACAGUUAUUAAACAGUAAAAAUCUGGUUCCACUGGGAGCUAUACAUGCCCAUGCCAUAACAUUGCCUCUAUCGUGUUUCACAGAUGUGAUAUAAAAAAAUAUAUAAUUUUUUGCAGAACUGUGCAGGCACUUUCAGGUGUUUUCUUGAGUUGUUCUUGAGUGUAUCUAGUGCUUUGCACCUUGUUUUAAACCCUCUGUAUUUACAUUCAUGAAGGCAUCUCCCGAUUGUAGACUAAGAUAAUGAGCCUCCCCGAGAGUGUUCUUGACUUGGUUAGAGUCAAGGAGUUUUUCAGAUCAUCCACUUUAGUGUCUUCUGUGGAUUUCCAGAUCGUUUGCUGUUGCAGAGCUGGCCAGUGCAUUCCUUCUUCUUUUCUGCUAAAUGUAUCAGAUUGUUCAUUUGGCCGCUCCUAAAGUUUUUACUAUCUGUCUGAUAGUUUGUUGAUGGGCUCCCUCACUUGCACGGACAUCUCGUGGGACCUCAUAUUGAGCGUUCCAGUGAAAACCUACCAAAUACAAGUUCAGCAGCUGCAAUUAAUCCAGAUAUUUUAUCUGCUUAAUUUGUCAUUUAGUAAUGAGGGAAAACACCUCCCCUGGCUGUGAACCUGCUUUUAGUUGUCCAAUUAUUUUUAAGCCUCUGAAAAUAGUGGACUUUGUAUAAAAAAAAUAUAAAUGAUUUCUAAAUCUUUAUUGCAAAGUUUUCAGUGAGUGUUUGUGUAGAGCCUCUGAAUGCUUCAUUGUGCAGCAGAGUGACCAAUGAAUGUCAUAGCCCAUGGAUGUGAUUUUUUUAUAUGCUUUUAUUUAAGAAGGAAAAAAACACUUUGUGGAAAGCCAGCAUUCUCAUUUAAGUUGUUUUACUUAUUAAAUUUCACAUUAGUGAAUCCUAUAAUUGAAGCAGGAUUUAUUUGAAAACACACAAAUUUACCCCAUACAAAUACAAACGGCAGAAGGCAGUGAUACUUAGUCUGAACUGAUUUUUACUUUAUCAGUGUAGAAAAUUAUUAUAUACAAAUGUUUAAUUGUGUUAAAAACCAAAUGUCACAGAAAAGCAGCUAACUUGAGAGAGUUAUAUCAAGUUUAAGCUAGCUGGCCAGAUAGCCACAACUUGAUAAUCUGAAAAUAAAACCCUACUUAUUUUUUUAUCUUUUCUUUUUAAUCUUUGUCACAACUAUAAUUCAAAAGUAUCAAUUAUUAUCAUAUGAAAUGGUAUUAUGGUACUUACUCACCUAAGUAAAUGGCAAACCCACUGAGGGAAAAAGAUGAACCCAGCUAAAGUUAGCAGUUUUGUGGGGUAAAGAUUUCUGCAGAGAAUAUCUAGCAGCAGCCUCCUGGUUUCAGUCGCCUUCAACCACUGCAACCAGCUGCUUAUUACGCACACAUGCAACUCACUUCAGUUCAGUUUUAUUUAUAUAGCAUCAACUCACAGCAACAGUCAUUUCAAGGGACUGGAAGGUAAAGGCCCAACAAUAUUGUAAAUGUCUGUUGUGGUUUGACUAGACUUGUCAUGGCUAGUUACAGUUUGAAACAGGGUGUCAUCACUUAUCUUCAGUCCUUAAGUGACCAAUCAGCAUGUUAGACAUCUCUCUAACAUCAAACUAGGAGCUUAGCUUUGAGUACAGGAAAGGCUCAGCAGAUUUCCAUAGAUAAAGAUUCACAGUGUGUGCACAGUGCAGUGUGCAGUGUGUGCACUGGACCCUGACCGAUUUAUCGGCAAGCCGAUAUUAUCAGCCGAUAUCAGCUAUUUGCAGAUUUGUUGGUAUCGACAUUUAUAAUGCCUGAUAAGUGAAUUUUUAAAAAAAAUAAUAAAAAAAAAGGUAAAUAAGAGAUGGGAGAAAUACUUUUCAACUGUGUUAUGAAUGUUGACACUGCAGAGUUUGUCGACCGUAAGGCACUCGACAAAUUCCCUGUCUGGAACUCCACAAACAACAACAGCGACCAGCUGAUCCAAGCAGAGCAUAAAGCAUUGAAGCAUAAACAAUUAAAUAAAUAGCUACACAUAACAAAUGCUGAGGAAAUCUCUUUAUUUUUUGUGUGUCUAAAAGAAAUACAAUUGAAAUAUCAGAUUUCUAAAUCACCAAAUAUCAAUAUCGGUCAUGCUCAAGUUUGUGUGUGUGUGUUAUUUUUUUCACAAAUAGCCACUACUUUGUUAUGAACAAUGUGUGAAAAAAUGUACUUAUUUAAUUUACACCAUUUUUUUUUUUUUUUAAUAAUUACAUUGAUUUUAUUGUAACAGAACAGGGUACCUUAAUCUGAUGUUAAAGCUUUAAUAUCCUUAAAGUUCAGAUGAGGAUGAGCUGCAGAAUUCCAUUACACACUGCGCCACCGUUUGCAGACAGAAGACUGUGCUGGUUUGUGUGCCUUUUUAGUAUACUGUUUCCAUGCUUUUUAGGGUUUUUAUUGAAUAUUGUUAUUAUUUCAGAUAGUGUGCGUCAUUGCUACACAAUGCUUUCCCCACUCCCUUUGCGCAGUUAUACUUUACAGCCACUUCACAGAAAUAUAAUUUAAUAGUACUGCGCUGUAUGUAUCCUGGCUGCAGUGCCGGCAUUGUUUCAUAUUCCACUGGAACACCGAGCAAGUCUUAUUAUUAGAAGUGAGCUGUUAGCAAAUGUAUUUAGCUGUUAUUACAGGAUGCAUACAUGUGCGUCAUGCUAGGAAAACAAAGGCUCCAGUGUGGAUGUAGUGGGGUAUAAGAAAUUACCUAUAUAUGAGACAGAACUGUGAAACAGCUGUUUUAGUUUAUUCCACCCACUUGAGAAGUGUCUGUUCAGUAGAGAAACAACUGUCAUGGAUGCAUUUGUGAAGAAAUCUGAGAAACAUUCCAAUAAAGCGUCAAAAGAAAUGUUCACUUCAAGCAUAUUAUUGUAUUUAUAUUUUUAAACACUGCCAUUAUUGUGUGGAAAUAAAGGUGUGUGAACAUAA